AUGGAUUUCAAUCGAAGUUUCACCUCAAAUUUGGGCAGCGCCACCAGUGCUAAAUCACAACAGAGCAUGUUCAAAGCACUCCGACGUCUACAUGGACAGAAUUUAGAGAGUCGAGGAUUACAUGAUAUGACUGAAGCCUUUCAAUCUUUUGUAACGAGAGCUCGAUUUUUUAGCAUUGGGAAAUUGAGGCGAACAUGGUCUCACUCUGCUGCCGAAUUCAUGAAAUAUCGUCGUCUUUUGCCGAUGCUCUUAGCUGACGGAGAAGCUUUCGAUGGAGGAGAGACGGACGAUUUUGAUGCAUCAAUUGCGUUCCAACACACUUCUAGAGAUGAUCGGAAAAUAGUUGUCUCCAAUAUCUCUUCUCGUGUCACUCAAUCGCAACUUCAGUCAUUUUUCUCGCAAUAUGGAAAAGUUACCAGCUGCAUUCUGCCGAGAGAAGAAAAGAAGACGUCCAUAUUUGGAACUCUUCCAAAACAUUCGAAAAACUGUGGGACUGCGACCAUAACGUUCAAAAAAGCGGAACAUGCAGAACGUGCCAAGAAUGCAAGCCCAGAAGAGCUGAAGUUUUAUGAUCAAUUAAUGGUGGUGUCUGCCUAUGUUUCGAAGAAGCGAGGAGGGAAAGGUUUGGUGUUGAGUGAUGACGUUGGAAGCAGGGAAGACACCCCUCUUUCGAGAGCUUCUUCUACUCAAUCACUCGCUUCUGGUUCCGAACAGUUAUUCAAUUUGGGAGCGAUACCAGAAAAAGUGUUGAAGAGAGUGAUCUCAUUCCUACCCAUUCACGAAACAAUAAGAAUCGAACGAGUCAACAAAAAGUUUAUGGAACAGUCAAUCAAAUCUUGGGAAUUGAUAAAUCAUCUAGUUCUAGCAAGAGAAACAGUGUUUAGUAAACAAAGACCAAUGAGAACCAACCAUUUAAAAGCCAUUCUCACACGAGCUGGAGCCCAUUUACGCUCGCUCGAUAUGUCUGGAGUGGUCCAUUUGUUAGACGAUAGGCGAGCAGUGAAAAUGAUUGCAACUUGCUGCCCAAAUCUUGUGGAACUCGACAUUAGCGGAACACAUGCUCAAGCGGAAGCUCUUGAAGAACUCGGAGAAUCACUUACUCAUUUGGAACAACUCUCUUAUAGAGGAAUGGAAACAACUGGAGACAAAGCAUUUUAUUUUCUACUCAAAAACUGUGGACACUCACUUAAAUUCGCAGAUUUGCGAAACUCGAAACGGUUACAUGGACGAUCUUUCCGGCUUUUUGGAUCGCAAUUGGAGAGUUUAUAUUUGGAUGGAUCGUCUAAGAUUGACGAAAUGGCAUUCGAAGACUUAUGCACCAGCUGUGGAGGACUGAAAGAGUUGCGAAUCAAUGAGUGCUACAAGAUAACCGAUGAAAACCUGAGUAUGAUUGCGAGAAGAAUGGAAGAUCUUUCUAUUUUGACUCUUUGUGGAAACGGUUUUAAGAAUCUAACAUCGGCUGGAUUAAUUCAUAUCAGUCAUAUGAAGAACAUCACCGAACUUGCACUCGAUUACAACACUCUUGUGAAUGACGAACUACUGAUUUCCAUCUCCGCUGGGCUUCCGCUUCUUUCAUCUCUGAGUCUAGCUAAUGCUGGAGACGAUGCUUCAAUAACCGCGGAAGGAGUUUCUGCUAUCAAAAACCUGUCUGAGCUCACUCAACUGGAUGUUUCCUCCCUGGCAGCUGUCAACUCGGCCGUGAUGACCCAAUUAGGAUUAUUGAAAAAACUAGAAAUCAUUCAACUCAGAAACUGCACUUAUUUGGGAGACGAAGGUGUUCGAACGAUGCUUCAAAUGCCCAACCUCCGUCAUACUGAUUUGAGUGGUUCCAUUUUGGUCUCGAAUGAUUCCAUACAAGAGUUCAUCAAAGCAUUCCCAUCUGGACCCAAGCUUCCACCAAUCACUCUCGUCGUCGGAGGAACAGCAGCUGAUGCAUCAAAACUGUCUGUUCGUGGAUCAAGAGUAGUUGUUGAUUUCUCUGAUUACUCGACAAUUGUUGCCAUGCAAACUAGCCAGACGUCUGGAUCAAAAUUUGUUGUUGGAUCGGUAUCCGAUUGCGAGGAUAAUUCUGACGACGACUUUGAAGUCCUGACCGCCCAACGGAGCUUCUACAUCGAUGCAGUUUGCGGAGAAGAGGAUUCGCCCAUAACUGACGACGGGAAAUUGGCUGAAUGGGCUGAGAAGGAAGCAAGAAGUCUAGGACUCAUCAAAGAUUAA